AUGUCUGCUAAAGAUCGCCUCACGAGUAUUGUUCCCAUUUCCAUCGUCGAAACACUUCUCGUGGUUGCCUGGAGUAUCACUGAGGAGCGACCUUGGAGACCUUCUACUAUCUUCUGUUGCAUCUUUGGGGCCAAUGUAGCUGUGCUUGCGAUAUGGAGGAUCUUUAUAUGGCCCUUCCUCUUUAAUCCCCUUAGACACUUGCCAACUGUCAAGGGGCCACUCAUAGGCGCAAAGGUCUUCAUGCGCCACCCCCGUGGGCAGGUCACAGUAGAAUGGCUACGAACGAUUCCGAACGAAGGAUUGAUCCACUUCCGCGAGGCCUUGAACUACAGUUUUGUUCUAGCGACUAACCACCGUGCCUUGGUUGACGUCCUCAGCACCAACAGUUACGACUUCAUCAAACCCCCCGGGGGACGCGAGUUCCUGGCCAGGGGACUGGGGUAUGGCCUCAUUCUCUCCGAGGGUGAUGCUCACCGCGCACAGAGAAAGGCGGUCACCCCUGCGUUCACCAUCAAAAAUAUUCGCGCGAUGUAUCCCUUGAUGUGGAGUAAGACACAGCUAUUCUUGUCUCAACUUGAAAAAGAAAUACGCAUCAAUGCUGCGCCAGCAACAGAUCUAAAGAAUGUGGGGUUCGUGGAGAUUGGAUCUUGGGCUAAUCGCUUGACAUUGGACAUCAUUGGACCCGCGGCUAUCGGUCGGGAUUUCCAAUCCUUGGAGAACGAGAACGACCCGGUUUCACAGAAUUACUCGGCCAUCUUGAAGCCCUCGGGUGAUCUGCUUCUGCUGUUUGGAGCUUCGCUGCUGCUUCCACAGUGGCUUGUCAAACUGAUACCCUGCCGGGCCAACACCGUGCUCCCGCGCAACGUGAAAUAUCUCCGCAAUCUGUUCCACGACAUUCUGACGGAGAAGCGGAACUCGCUUGCCGGUGAGAAAAGCGAGCGAGAGGCUGUCGACGGGGACAUACUGGGUACAAUGAUGCGCGGAGGGGAGUUCAGUGAUCAUGAACUGGUCGAUCAGAUGCUCACCUUUCUCGCUGCUGGGCACGAGACAACAGCGGGUGCACUUACAUGGUGUUGCUAUCACCUCUGCAUUGAGCCAACGAUCCAAAACAAGCUGCGCGACGAAAUAUACUCCACGCUCCCUUCCCAAAAAGCCGAGGUCUCAUGGGAAGAUUUGGAGGGCAUGCCAUAUCUGAAUGGAGUGUGUCAAGAAGUCUUGCGUCUGUAUCCCACAGUUCCUAUGACUGGGCGUGAAGCCAUCCGUGACACAGUCAUUGCUGGCAAAAAAAUACCCAAAGGCACCACGAUUGUUUUGUGUCCACAGUCUAUCAACCGCAGCCCGGAAUUCUGGGGUGACACUGCGGACCAGUUCUUGCCGGAACGAUGGAUCGAUGUAGACGACUGCGGGAGACAGAGUCCCAACAAGCACGGAGGCGCGUCAACCAACUUUGCACAAAUCACGUUCCUUCAUGGACCUCGAGCUUGCAUUGGGAAAGAUUUCGCGAAGGCUGAAUUCCGGUGUGCAGUUGCUGGGCUCUUCGGGCUCUUCCAGUGCGAGCUGAAGAAUCCAGAACAACAAAUCACAUUCGGGGGGACCUUGACUACACAACCACUUGAAGGUAUGAAUUUGCGACUUUCCAAGCUGGAUUGGUAA